AUGGCCAUGUUUUGGUAUGCAGCAGCAACAACUGCAGCACUCUUCUGCAUCAUACACUUCUUUCGUCGGAGACUAUGUUGCAGAUACCCUCUCUUCACUGACUACCCCUUCCUGGGCAUGCUACCACAGGUACUCUGCAAUUUGUGGCGUAUUCAUGAUUUUUCAGUUGAGGUCCUGAAAUCACAUGGUGGCACUGGUGAGUUCACAGGACCUUGGUUUACCAACAUGAACUAUUUGGUCACUAGUGACCCCCUCAACGUGCACCAUGUCUUGAGCAAGAAUUUCAACAACUACGUCAAGGGACCUGAGUUUCGUGAGAUUUUUCAGGCUUUCGGAGAUGGGAUAUUCACUUCUGAUGCAGAAGCAUGGAAAUACAACAGGGAUAUCUUCCAUUCCCUCUUUAAACACAGAAGCUUCGAGGUGUUCCUAGAGACAACCAUUCGGAAGAAGUUGCAGAAUAGCCUACUUCCCAUGUUGGAUUAUCUACAUCAACAAGGGAAUGUGGUGGAUCUUCAAGAUGUCUUCAAUCGCUUCACCUUCGACAACAUAUGUUCUAUAGUUCUUGGAUAUGACCCCAAUUGCCUUUCCGUUGAUUUUCCAGAAGUUGAAAUUGAGAAGGCUUUUAACCAAGCAGAAGAGUCCAUAAUCUACCGACAUACAAUGCCAAAGCGUCUUUGGAAGCUGCAGAAAUGGCUUCAAAUCGGUCACGAGAAGAAGAUGACUGAAUCGUGCAAAACGUUUGAUCAAUUCAUCCAUGCACUUAUAGCGUCUAGGUCGGAAGCACUAAGAAAGUACAAUAACAAUGAAACAGGAGAAGCUUGUGCGGAUUUGCUAACAACUUUGAUGAGAGAAGGGAAAGAACAACAUGAUGCUAGAUUUCUAAGGGAUGCUGUGUUCAAUCUUUUUGUGGCUGGGAGAGAUACCAUAACUUCAGCUCUCACAUGGUUCUUUUGGCUUGUUGCUACCAAUCCUUUGGUGGAAGCCAAGAUUCUUGAAGAGAUCAAUGAAAUUUUUGGAUCAAAUGAGAAGACACCAGAUGAUUUAAGUGUGGAGGAAUUGAAAAAACUGGUUUAUCUGCACGGUGCAAUAUGUGAAACACUGAGACUCUUUCCUCCUAUACCUUUCGAACGCAAGCAAGCAGUAGAAGCUGACAUGCUUCCUAGUGGUCAUGGUGUUAAUCCCAGAGCAAUGUUAAUAUUUUCAUUGUAUGCAAUGGGAAGAUUUGAGGAAAUAUGGGGAGAAGAUUGCAUGGAGUUCAAGCCAGAGAGAUGGAUAUCAAAGAAAGGAGGUAAUGUUUAUGUACCAUCUUACAAAUUCAUUGCUUUUAAUGCAGGACCCAGAACAUGCUUAGGUAAAGACUUGUCCUUCAUUCAAAUGAAGAUUGUAGCAACUGCUAUCUUGCGCAAUUUUCAUAUCCAAGUGGUGGAAGGUUGUGUUGCUUGGCCAAGCCUUUCAAUUGUUCUUCUCAUGAAGGAUGGUUUGAAGGUUAAGAUAACAAAAAGAGAAACUUAA